AUGAUUGCCGACGACGGCUCCCAAAGCUUCGCCACUCGAGAGAACGCCCAUCCAAACACAUUCCAAGCAGGCCCAGACCCCUUGGACAGAGCGAUGAACGAGUACCGCACGCUGCCGUCUCGUGCCCGUCCUCGACCACCACCAUGCUUACAUCACUCGCCCAGCUCAGCGAGUACCUCUCGUAGAGUUGCCAGCACUCGACCAAUGACGUCGAGUGCGCUAGCAGAGCUGCAAGGCGACGACGCGGAGACACAGCUGCCACCGCCUGACCCCAAUGGUCAAUUCCCGUAUGCCCCCACCGACUCGACGGACGCGCAGCCUGCAAGGAGACGAAGACGUAUUCGAGACAUCUGGCGUGCAACUCGAGAUUUCGCUCAACGGAUCAUCAGCCCGUCCGCACCUCCUGUUCCAUCCGCCACGACAGCACAAAACCACUCACCUCUGAACUCGCCGGCCCAGCCAUCCAGAUUUCGACGGGUUCUAGGCGCGCUACGCAGGCGUCGUUGA